AUGACCACUCUCCUCGUCGGCGGCACAGGAAAGACUGGGUCUUUGUUGGCCAAACUGAUACACACGGCAGGCCAUACGUUUUUGAUUGCCAGUCGCUUGGGCGUGGCCCCAGAGCCCUUCAAGGCCAUCAAGUUCGAUUGGACCGACUCCGCGACGUUCGAAAACCCCUUCAAGGCCGACCCGAAUAUUGACAGGGUCUACCUCAUCACCCCGAGUGUUACCGAGGUUCUUACAAUCGUUAAACCUUUCGUCGAUCUCGCAAUCUCCAAGGGCGUCAAGAGGUUUGUCCUUCUCAGCGGAAGCCAGACCGAGCCAGGAAGUCCCUUCAUCGGCAAGCUGCACGAAUACAUUGUGCAGCUCGGCGUCGACUAUACUGUCUUGCGUCCGACGUGGUUUAUUGAGAACUUUGGCACCAUGUUCUACCACAGCAUCCGCGAGAACAACGAGAUCUUUUCUGUCACCCAGAGUGGUCGCAUUCCCUUCAUCGGAGCGGACGACAUUGCGAAGGCAGCCUUCGAUGCCUUAUUUUCCGAGAAGAGUCCCAAUAAAGAUUAUUAUCUUGCUGGACCGGGGCUGUAUUCGUACGACGAGGUAGCUGCUCUCCUGAGCGAUGUGCUUGGAAGGAAAAUUACCCACAAGCACCUGACGAACGAAGAAGAGCAAGCCCUCUUCCAAUCGUUCGGGGUGUCCAAAGAGCAUGCCGCCAUGUUAACCGGACGUGAAGCUCGGAUCGACGACGGAGUCGAGGAGGCCAUUGUGGGAACCAACAAGACGAUCACAGGGACUCGCACUUUGAGGCAGUUCGUCGAGGACAACAAGCAGAUGUGGAUCAAGUAG